GUUAUUCCAUGAAUAUCAUACCAAUUUUAGAUAUCGAUGCGGAACAUUCUGAACUUGAUAACAUCGGAAAUGGUAUAAAUAACGAGCCAUCAUCAUAUAAAGAAUUAGAUAUCGAUGCGGAACAUUCUGAACUUGAUAACUUCGGAAAUGGUAUAUGUGAUACAAAUAACGAGCCAUCAUCAUAUAAAGAAAAUGCCCCGGAUGUAGUUGAAGACACAGAAAAUGAUAGUGGAGAUGGUGAAAACCCUAUGUAUCCUAUUACAACAGGGAUGGACUUUACAAAUUUUACAGAACUAGAUCG